CUGAAAUAACCUAUAAAGAGUGCUGAGUAGGAGACGUAGGAGUGUAGACCGCUUCUGCUUGUUAAUUCUAUAAACAAUCUAUACUCAAAGUUGUAAAUGCUUUCUUCUCCAUACAUAACAAAAACGGCAGAAUGUAUCAUCUAGAAAGAAGUUUUAUGAGAUUAUUCAAAUCUCAAAAACUCAAUUGUUUCCUAUGUGCGGUUUUAAGAAAAAAUGAUACAAUUCUUCGUUCUCACCAGAGAAAUGUCCACAUUUCCCCAAAUUCAUUUACAAUUAAAAAACAUAAAGGUAUAGAGAAUGAAUUUAUGUUUCAGUUCAUAUCUAGGAAUGGCCCUUGCCUACCUGUUUCUUCGAAAAUCAGGGAAGUCGACACUAUGGGGAAAUUUGAAGAUCUCUUAAAUGAGAAUUAUAGAAAAAAUAGUGAUUAUUCCGCUACUGAUAUACUGAAUAUAUUCAAAUCACUUCAAACAUUCUGUUGCCAGAAUCAAAUUGAUAUAUCUGAUGCUCGGUUUGAUAAUUUGGUUGAUGGACUAAUGGAUCAUUGCAGAGAAUUAACGGAUAGUGAACUUUUGGAAUUUGUCCAUCUUUUGAAUAGGUACCCAAGAUGUGUAUCAUAUAAGGAACACAAUUUUCAUGAUGUAUGGAGUUGUUUGGAUGAUAUGAGUCGUGAGCGAUUGUCUAAUAAGAAAACAGAUUAUUUACUUAAAUUAGCUAAUGCAUGGUAUGAAUUAGACCUAGGUAGGAUAGGUCAAUAUGUUUUCGAAUUGAUUGAUGUCUUAUGCAAACGAAGUCAUCAGCUUACAAAAGAUCAAGUAGUGAAGGCUUUUUUUUUCAUCAAUGUAUGCAGAAGAAAACCAGUACCUUUUGAAUUGGAGCAAGUUGUAAAUAAAUAUCUGAAGGAACUGUCUAUAGAUGAACUUGGAAUAAUUGCACUUGGUUAUUUUAAGAGUAAAAGUAAAAUUAAGUUUGAACAUAUUUUGUUGACAAUGAUGGUGGCAAUAAAAAAGGAAUGUUCUACUGUUAAUCAGAUAACUCUGAGUUCUAUUUUGAAAAUUAUUAGAUUUUCAAAUAUUGGGAAUAUUAUUAGAGAGCUUGAUAAAAUGCUGGAUGUUCUAGUGGGUGAUAUAGAGAGAUUUUCAACUCAGUGUUGUCUUCAUAUAGCUAUAAUAGGUUCUGGUGCAAUUCACUAUCAUGAAAAAUCAAUGGUUAGAGCAACUCAAAGAAUUCUUGAUAAGAUCGGAAAUGUUGAAGAGGUUAGGCUGAAAGAUAUUGAAAGGCUCCUUGUUGCAUCCACUAUGGUUGAUUAUAGGCCAAAAGUUUGUCCUGACCUAUUUGACGCAGCUUUCAAAGAAAUACAUGAACCUCGAAGACAAGCUGAAUUGGUUUCUUUCCCAAGACUUUUACCAUGUAUUCUAGGUUGUCUAGGCAUGGUUAAUAUGUAUUCUUAUGAAUUGAUGGAUAAAAUACUAGAUAGAGAAUAUAUAUUCGAUACUUAUGGGAAAAAUUUUGGAAAUAUUGGCAAAGAAAUAUUUACUUUGGAUUGCUGUAUUGAUAUAGAAUGUCCUGAUUAUAGAGGGAACAGACUACCUCCUAAUUUGAAAUACCGUUUGGUUAAAUGGUUGACUGAGUUUAUUCCAACACGUAAUCAAGGAAAAAAACUUACAGCUUAUGAUCAACUUCACUUGGAUGUUAUAGAUAACCUGAUAUACAUUGUUGGAAAUGAAGAUGCAGUGAAGGUUGAUUUUGUAGCACCUCACUUUAGCAGAGCAGAUAUAAUCUUAUGUAAAAAUAAAACCACAAAUAAAUUUAUAGAACCCCCAGGUUUUCAGCAGUACGUUUUUGGAGAUGUAAUGUAUGCAUUAAAAGAUCCAAAUCUAGAUUGGUAUGCCUUGAGCAUAAUUGGAUGGAAUAAUACCAUCAGAAAUACUUCUCAUCCUGUUGGAAUGGUAACAAUGAAGCAGAGGCAUUUGAAUAAAUUAGGAUAUAAUUCUAGAUUGGUCAUCUGGAACCAGUACAUGAAUUUAAGUAAGGACUCUAAAAUGAAUUAUAUACAUUCUCUCCUCAGCUAGUAUCAACAUAAUAUAGUAUAAUUCUUCCAAUAAAAAAUUUCGGAAAAGAUUA